AUGUCUCUCUCCAACAAGCUAUCCAUUGCCGACGUCGACCUCAAAGACAAGAGGGUGUUGAUCCGAGUCGACUUCAACGUCCCCCUCGACGGCGACAAGAAAGUCGCAAACAACCAACGCAUCGUCGGCGCCGUACCCACCAUUAAAUACGCCAUCGACCAUGGCGCCAAAGCCGUCGUCCUGAUGUCCCACCUGGGCCGGCCGGACGGCAAGCCAAACCCCAAAUUCAGCCUGAAACCCGUCGUGCCAGAGCUGGAGAAGCUACUGGGCGGCUCUGUCGUUUUCACAGAUGACUGUGUUGGGAAGCAGGUCGAGGAGACUGUGAAUAAGGCUAGUGGGGGCCAGGUGAUUCUGCUGGAGAAUUUGCGGUUCCAUCCGGAAGAGGAGGGGAGUUAUAAGGAUGAGAACGGGAAGAAAGUGAAAGCUGAUAAGGCCAAGGUGGAGGAGUUCCGGAAGCAGUUGACGACAUUGGGAGAUAUUUACAUCAACGACGCCUUCGGCACGGCCCAUCGAGCCCACAGCUCCAUGGUCGGCAUUAACCUCCCUCAAAAAGCAGCAGGUUUCCUCGUGAAAAAGGAGCUAGAAUACUUUGCCAAAGCCCUCGAGAACCCCACACGGCCGUUCCUGGCCAUCCUCGGUGGCUCCAAGGUAUCCGAUAAGAUCCAGCUGAUCGACAACUUACUCGAUAAGGUCAACACGCUCAUCAUCUGCGGCGCGAUGGCGUAUACCUUCAAGAAGGUGCUGGACAACGUGAAGAUUGGCAGCAGCCUGUUCGACGAGGCGGGCAGCAAGAUCGUUCUAGAUAUCGUGACCAAGGCCAAGAAGAAUAAUAUCAACAUCGUCUUUCCUGUCGAUCAUCUUAUUGCAGAUAAGUUUGCGGCGGAUGCGAAUUCGGAGUAUAAGACGGAUGAAGAAGGGAUUCCGGAUGGGUGGUGGGGGUUGGACUUUGGGGAGAAGAGUAUCAAGUUGUUUGAGGGCGCGAUUGCAGAGGCCAAGACGAUCCUCUGGAAUGGGCCGCCUGGGGUGUUUGAGUUCGACAAAUUUGCAGGCUCAACGAAGGCGAUGUUGAAUGCCUGUAUUGAGGCUGUGAAGAAGGGGAAGAUUGUCAUUAUUGGCGGUGGGGAUACGGCGACGGUUGCGGCUAAGUAUCAUGCUGAGGAUAAGUUGAGCCAUGUAUCGACUGGUGGAGGGGCAUCGUUGGAGUUGUUGGAGGGGAAGGAUUUGCCUGGUGUUAGCGCUUUGUCGAGUAAGUAA